CGGUAACUUGUCGGUGACUGUGUGACCUAUAUAGCGUAGUAGAGUGAAUGGAAUUUGUGUGGCGGGAUCAUGGACACGGACAUGAGUAUGUAAGUCCAUACUCUAGAAAGGUUGUUGUACUUCAGCAGUAUGUCAGAAAAAACUCCUGUGCUCCCAAAUCACAGAUGAAGAAAGGAGAGCAAUCUUUGAACAAUUUAAUGGUAUCGGCGAUUUACAUCAACAGCGAGAAUAUUUGGCGAGGCACAUAAAAGUUGCAAACACACAAAGACAAACUACACAUACAGAACAUUCUCGUAGAUGUCAUACAUUAAGUUAUUGUCUCACAGUAGGACAUAAGUCUUAUACGAUCCUUAAAUAAUGUGUGAAGGUGCAAAAUAAAUCUUAUGUUUUUUAUAUUUAUCUAGAAC